ACAGUGUAUGCCGUGACUUCGGUGUGUUCGAAACAGUUCGAUGUUGAAUGCAUACGAGUACAGAAGUAACUAAAGUAGUGAUGAAAUAAUUUUUUUUAAUUAUACGUCAAUAUAACAGAAUUCUUUCGAUUAUCAUAAGUGAUUCAGAAAAAAUUUCAAUACAUGCGAAUAUGACUUAAAUAUUUUGCAAAACAAAUCCUUUAAUAAGGAUAAUGUUCGAAAUAAAUUAGUCGGAAAAUGCACGUGUUUCGUUAAAUUCGUAACACGAUAGGUUGAAUAAUUAAAUGACAAAGAAAUGCUUGGCAAAAUGAUAGAAACAAUAAGUAAAAAUUAAGUCAGUUGAAUGAUUAUCAAUACCCUUCCUUAGAUGGAAUCAUAUGAAGCAACAAUAUUUUGUAGUGGCAGAAAAAGGAACUUUAUCAAAGUGUUUAUCAAGUGCCUUAAUUAUUAUGAUAAUGAUCUUAUGGAACGAUUAUCAGUGUAAUUUGUGUUUAUUAUUGAAUGAAAAACAGUGAUCAGCGUGUCAUGGAGGACAGUGGUCAAAUACAUUCUACUCUUCUCGAAGAAACCUUUUACGUUACAUCAAAAAAAAACACUUACUACAAGGUGAGACUAACAGAAAAGGGUCUUAGCCUAGAGAAAGACAAUAAUGGUACGACGAAGGUUGAAACGAUCGUUCUAAACGACAUAAUAGGGUGUAGAUGUAUGCGUUCGAAACGUAAAAGCGCGGGAAGCUGUGUUUGUGGGCCAGGUACUUCGAGAUCUCAAUUCAAGCUAGUCGAGUCUGCAGAAGCAUAUCAAUGUUAUGAUGAGUUCGAUACCUCGGCCUAUCUUUAUAUCUAUGCUUACACAUUGAAAAAAGCACGCAUGAAAGGUGUUAAGAGACGAGAAAGGACAACGAUCACGCUACGGUUCCGCAGUUUUGACAAAUAUGAAGAUAAUCUACGAGAAGCAAGCAGGUGGCGAUUAGCUAUAAAAUGUCUCAUUGUUGGUGUGCCUGUGCCUAAAAGUUUUAUGAGUCCGAGCCACGAGAAUCUUGAGUCGUUGAUUAGUGCUUGUCCAGGCGAGCAACGAAAGAUACUAGUGUUGCUGAAUCCGAAAUCUGGACCGGGAAGAAGCCGAGAAACGUUCCAGAAAAGAAUUCAUCCGAUUCUAUCGGAAGCGGAGAGGCCUUACGAGGUUCACGUCACCAAGUGUCCCAAUUACGCACGCGAGUUCGUGCAUACGAGGGACAUCUAUCAAUGGAGCGGACUCGUGAUGGUCGGGGGCGACGGGAUAGUGUUCGACGUAGUAAAUGGACUUUUUCAGAGGCCCGAUUGGGAGAAAGCUCUGAAGGAAUUACCCCUUGGCGUGAUACCCUGCGGUUCCGGUAAUGGCUUGGCGAAAUCCAUCGCGUACGCUAAACAAGAACCGUACGAUUACAAUCCUCUUCUUAUCAGUGCAUUAUCCGUGGUAAAAUUCAAGAAAGCUCAGAUGGAUUUGGUGCGCGUUGAGACUAGAAAUCAGAUUCUAUUUUCAUUUUUAUCGGUUGGAUGGGGUUUACUUGCUGACAUUGACAUUGAGAGCGAACGUCUACGUGCAAUAGGCGGUCAGAGAUUCACUGUGUGGACUAUCGCCCGUUUGAUUGGCUUGAGAACGUACAAAGGAAAGGUGUCUUAUUUACCUUGCGAUAAAGUACCGUCCGUGGAGAGUUUAGGUAAUGGGAAUGCCUACAAUGAAUACACCAAGGAAACGCAGAUAUCGCAUUCAAGGAGCUGCGGCGACGAUUUAGAUCGAUACAGUAAAAUCAGUGAAUCAAAGAGUUUUCACGAUACGCUCGAUGGAGAUCCUGCUAUUUUGGAUGGAUCGUCCGAUAUUUACGAUGAUAACGAAAUAAUAAGCGAAAAUAUUACCCUGGAAACGGAAAUUGAGAGAAGACAAAGGCUAGACAGUUUUUAUUCUGCGACAUCUGCGAAAUCGACUUAUUUUAGUACAGGUUCAAUUUCUAGUUACCAUAGUGUUGACGAACCCGAUAAUGAGAAUAUUGAUACAAAAGACAGCAACAGUCAAGUUAUGUAUGGUCCCUCAUCGAGAUUACCGGCUCUAACUUCAGAAGUAUCAAGUUCCUGGACACAAAUACAGGGAGAGUUUGUUAUGGUCCAUGCCGCAUAUCAAUCUCAUUUGGGCCAGGAUUAUUUCUUUGCACCUCGUGCCAAAUUGGCGGACGGUAUUAUUUGGCUCAUGAUAGUGAAAGCCGGAAUUACUCGAGCCAAUUUGCUUCAGUUCCUGUUGGGCUUAAGUAAUGGUUCCCACGUAACGCGUUCUGGGAUUGACAUGAUACCAGUAAAGGCAUUUCGAAUAGAACCAGAAGAAGGAGUCAAUGGAUAUAUUACGGUAGAUGGAGAAAGAGUAGAUUAUGGACCUUUACAAGCAGAGAUAUUCCCGUCUUUAGCUACGGUAAUGUCUCCUUGAUACAAAUUAGCAUUACAAUUCGUACAGAGUUAGCAAUGGAAAUCAAAUGGUACAAUCUUAGAACCUUAAGUUCAAUAAGAUAUACAAUAUAUGUUAUGGUAGCAUGGUCCUGGUGACAAUACUGUAUUAAUAUAUUCUUAUUCGCGAUACGUAAGUACGAUUUUUAGCUCAGAGGAUUAUGGUAGGUGUAUAUAUUCUAGAUUAUGAAGUUAAAUCAUUCCAUCAAAUGUAUACGAAAAAAAUGUCGUAUAAAUUAAGAUCAAUGCAACCAUAGUUUAUAUAAGCUCAACUUGUUACUUCAUAGAGAUUUAUUGUCUAUGCGGGAUAAUCCAAUACUAUCCUAUGAAAUUUUAUAGACGUGUUUUACGUAUAAAAAUUAUGAACUGAUAAUAAAUGUGAAUCUUGCUUUUUA